UGCUCUUAUAAAGUCUUAGCCAAAAAAGUCUAUAUUUUUAGUAGCUUUCUCAAAAAACUCUUGGCCAAACAAGACCUUUUGAAAGAAAUUCCUUCUUUUCAAAAAGAAACAAAAGGACGAAAUUGAAAAUUUUCAAAAUAAUAAAGGGUUUUUAAGCAAAUAGUAAUUUUUUAGAUAAUUUACCGUACAUAACACCUCCUUCUCAUUUCCGUCUCUCUUCCCCCUUUAUUCGGCCCCUGCUCCGUUCUCCGCCGCCGCCACCCACAAACAAAAAUUUUCUCACCGUUUUCCGUCGCCGUUUGAGCUCUUCACCGGCCAAGCUCUAUACGAUCGUCACCCUCAGCUUGAAAACUUACCAUACAAAGAAUCCAAAAGACAGAAAGUUCAGAAGUUGGUCAAGCUCAGUAAUGUGGAAAUCCCAUGUUGUAUCUAGGUCUUUCUCUAGUGGCUCCUUACUGGAAUCCUUGUUUUUCAAGAGAACUUCAUGCCGUUACUAUGCAAAAGAGGCUUCAUCUUCAUCAUCAGAAGCCAGACCUAAACAAGUGGUGGAUUUUCAGGAAGAAGACCUCUUUGUAAGCUCUGGAAUCAGCAGACCCCUUUCAGAAAUCCUCAAACACCUCAACAAGAAAGUGCCCGAUUCCCUCAUCAAGACUCGGGUCGAAAAUGGGCUUUCCUCGAGAUAUGUACCUUGGCAUAUUGUGAACCGAAUUAUGAACUUACAUGCUCCUGAAUGGUCUGGUGAGAUUAGAAGUGUGUCUUACUCGCCUGAUGGCAAAUCGGUAUCUGUUAUUUACCGUGUGACGCUCUAUGGGACUGAUGCAGAGAUAUUCAGGGAGUCUACAGGCACUGCUUCCUUAGAGGACACAAGUUAUGGUGAUCCUAUGCAAAAGGCAGAAGCAAUGGCAUUUCGUCGAGCUUGUGCUCGAUUCGGCCUUGGUCUUCAUCUUUAUCAUGAGGAUAUGCUGUAAUCUAAUCCAUCUAAAUCCAUUAUUUGGGAUUAUAGUUUAUAACAGGUGACACCCUUAUACACACACUCAUCCAACAGUUGACCCUACAGGGCAAGUGUAAUUUUUCAUGUCAUGUUGAGAUGUGUAAUCAAGUUGAGAUUUUGUAUUGGUGUAUGAGACUUUAUGUUCUUUAGGAAAACUUUUGAACUCACU